CCGGCAGCAGAACCAGGAGGUGGGUUCUCCAUUCGCCCAGGACCGAACCAGCAACGUUCAAGGACGGCAGUGCGGCCCCGGUCUCAAGGGGGAUUACCAUGGCCACUCGGUCCCGGAUUGCCCGGUUGGAGAACAAGGCAGGGCAGGCGUUUCACAAGGUUUCCCCAGACCCUGGUACACCUUCCCUGCUCCCGACGCUUGGCCGCAGGGAUCAGUGGUGAGCCGUUACCCCCACGUCCUGCCGGAGACCACCCGUGAUUCAAGCAGAGAGGAGGGUGACAAAGGUCCUGAGGACAAGUACCUGCCGGCCGUGCCUUCGUUCUACGGUGCCCCCUGGACCUCUUGUUGCCUGGCCCAGCUCUCCUCGGCUCCCAGUCCGUCUACCGCCCGGACUUCGGCCGGGCUAGGGGCUGCCACUCUGCAGAACCGCGGCCAGUCCCUACCGGGUGAGCAAGGGAGCGACAGUCAACCCGCCAGCCCCCGAUCCUGGGCGGAGCACAAGGCCGGCAGUCCCGGGCUGGACGAAGGCAGCAAAUGGGCACCUCCGGACGGCGGCAAUGAGGAUUCUCCCACUUCGGAGGACUUGGAGCAGUUUGCAAAAGAGCUGAAGAAGAAACGGAUCACAAUGGGCUUCACACAGGCUGAGGUGGGCCUAGCCCUUGGGGCAUUGUAUGGAAAGAUGUUCAGCCAGACGACCAUCUGUCGGUUUGAGGCUCUCCAGCUGAGCUAUAAGAACAUGUGUAAGCUGAAACCUCUGCUGCAACGGUGGCUGGAGGAGGCCAAGGACAACGACAAUUUUCAAGAGCUGUGCAGCAUCGACCAAACGCUGACUCCAUCCCGGAAGCGGAAGCGGCGCACCAGCAUUGAUAACAAUGUGAAGGAGAUGCUGGAGAACUUCUUCGCGAUGUGCCCGAAACCAUCCACUCAAGAGAUCUCCAAGAUUGCCGAUGACCUCAACCUGGAAAAGGACGUCGUCAGAGUUUGGUUCUGCAACCGCCGCCAGAAAGGGAAGCGGGCUGCGUUCCAGUUUGGGGAAGAGUUCGAGGGGUUACCUGGGUAUGGAGUGCCCCCCCUCCCGCCUCCCCUGCCAGGUGGGUUCAGUGCACAGGGCUACAACGGGGCAGCCAUCUCUGCCACCACCAUCUACGUACCCCAGUUCCACGAGGUGGAUUCGUAUCCCUGCAAUGUGGAAGCACAGGCCACUCCAGUGCCCAGGACAAUGCACUCGAGUUAGGAAUGAGUGAACAAGUGGAAACUGAAGACCCCCGAUGGGCAGCACUGGAAGUUGGCGCACAGAAGUCCAUCUGGCUGGAGGGACAGCAUUUUAUACUGUGUAAGGAGAACAAAUUCAAAGACAUUUUGUGGCCUGGCUUCAAUUUGAACUUUCCAGUACCUUCUAUUAAUCAUUUUAAAGAAGGGGAGGUUUUGUUGGCUAGCAAUGAUGACCCCCAGAUUAAGUAAACACUCAGCAGAGGGGUUAGGCAGCACCUAUAGAAAGAGAAAUGGAGUUAAUAUUUUGGGUUGCAGGCCCUUUUCUCAGAACUUCAUUCCCACAUUUUCAUUGGCCGUCUUUACCCUGCAGACUAAUACGGAAGCAUUUUCCAAGGUGCUUGUGCAGCCAGCUUUUCCUAGCCUGCAUCCUAAUUAAAGAACUGUCCCUUAAGAAAUACAAGGGGGUGCAACUAUGUGCUGGCAAGCAGAGUUCUGACGGAGUCUUCAGCCUGAAACAUUAACUCUGUUUCUCUUUCCACAGCUGUUAUCUGACCUGAGUAUGUUCAGCAUUUUCUGAUUUUAUUUUUGAUUUCUGUGUGCUGAGCCAGUGCUCUUUGCUGCUAUAAUUGUUUUAGCUUCUGGAGAUGGUGUUUAUCUCCAUAUUUGUCCUUUUACAAAAGUUGAUGUAAUUUGUCUGACAGAUGAUAUUCGGAAUGUCAGAUGCCAAUUGUGUUUUGCUCAAAUUGAUCUGUUACAGUUUGCCUCAAAGUCUCCCCUCAAACUUUAUAAUUCCACAGUGAAAUGUUCCAAUGCAGUUUUUCUACUGUGGGGAGGAAAAAGCAGGAUUUAACGCUGCCACCAUCCCACUAGUGUAAUGUCCAAAGGACAGCUGUCCAUCUUUAGGAUAAUUAUCUGUAGGAGAGUAGAGGGAGGGUUUGUGAAGAGACAGUUUGAUGACUUGAGAGUGUCUUCUGGGAUGUUUAUGUACCGUUGUUAGUAAGGUAUUCCUGUUUUUAAAACAAAUAUUUAAAAGCUGAAUCCAUUAUUACAAGAACUUGAUCUUGCAGAGCAGAGGAGUGGAUGGUACAGCAUUUACCAGGUAUUGUACACCUAAUUGUAGUCAGUGGAAUUAAUGAUUGGAUGGAAGUAUGUUAAUGACCAGACCUGCUUUACUCUACUAAUUGAGACCAAUUUAUACCCCUCUGGUUAUCCAGUAUUUGUAACCUGGUCCCUUUAGUGUGAAGUGAUUUACAUUUUUCUUCUCCAGCUUGGCAUCCUUGGUUCCAGUGUUGUUGACCAUGCUUAAUUAGCUCAACUGCUGAACAAGCAGAAACCCACCACUUCAAACCACUUCUUAGAGAUGCCUGGCAACAUCUGUUACUCUUUACUCUGUUGCCCAUGAGUGGUGUGUUUGGGGCCCUCUGACCCUUAUGAAAUCAAUUGGAUUUUUCUACAUAUUGUAGAACAAGCAUCAAUAAAACCUUUUGCUGUUUGGAGAAUAUUUUGUGCACAAUUUGCACGCUGUGCUUGGUAGCUUGCAUGUGGCUGGGAAA